AUGGAAGCCAAACGACAAUUUACAGAGCCGUUCGCUCACUCUCCAGCUCACGAAGCCCUUCUCCGAGCCGGCUCGCGCAUUCGGCCGCUCCAGCAAGCCCACGCGCACAUUGUUGUCUCUGGCUCACACCGCAGCCGAGCUCUCCUCACCAAGCUCCUGACGCUGGCGUGCAAAGCCGGCUCAAUCGGCUACGCUCACCGGCUUCUAUACUCCGUCCGAAAUCCUGACGCUUUCCUCUUCAAUUCUCUCGUGAAAGCCUCGUCCUCCUCGGGCUUCGCCAUUGACACGGUCGUCUUUUACCUCCGGAUGCUUCAGAGCCGCGUUUCGCCGUCGAGUUACACCUUCACUUCUGUGAUCAAAGCUUGCGCCGAUCUUUCGUCAUUGAGGCUCGGGAAAUGUGUCCAUUCGCACGCGUUGGUUUCUGGGCACGGCUCGGAUCGGUUUGUGGAGGCCGCUCUCGUUAAUUUCUACGCGAAAUCCGGUGAUUUGGGUGUUGCGCGGAAGGUGUUCGACGAAAUGUCUGAGAGAACUGUUGUGGCGUGGAAUUCGAUGAUAUCGGCAUACGAGCAGAACGGGUGCGCGAGAGAAGCAAUCGAAGUGUUUUGUCGAAUGCGGGAACGGGGUGUUCGACCGGAUUCGACAACAUUUGUUAGUGUGUUGUCGGCUUGUUCUCAGUUGGGGGCUUUGGGAUUAGGCUGUUGGGUGCAUGAUUACAUUGUUGGGAAUGGAUUAGAUUUGACUGUAGUUCUUGGCACUUCGUUGAUCAAUAUGUAUGCAAGAUGUGGGAACGUGAGCAAAGCGCGGGAAGUUUUCGAUUCGAUGAGUGAGCGGAAUGUUGUUACUUGGACGGCUGUAAUUUCUGCCUAUGGAAUGCAUGGCUAUGGCAGUCAAGCAAUGGAGCUUUUUCAUCGAAUGAAAGCUCAUGGUUCGUGUCCUAACAAUGUGACAUUUGUUGCAGUUUUGUCAGCCUGCGCUCACUCGGGGCUAGUUCACGAGGGGCGUGGGGAGUAUGCAAGUAUGAGCCAAGAGUACGGCCUGGUUCCGGGAGUGGAGCACCACGUUUGCAUGGUCGAUAUGUUGGGGCGAGCAGGGCUUCUUGACGAGGCUUAUAAAUUCACCAAAGAACUCGACCGCGGUGAACAAGCUCCAGCAGUUUGGACCGCCAUGCUCGGGGCUUGCAAGAUGCAUAAGAAUUUCGAUCUUGGAGUAGAAGUUGCCGAGCAUCUUUUAGCGGCUGAACCGAAUAAUCCCAGCCAUUAUGUGAUGCUCUCCAACAUAUAUGCUUUGGCGGGUCGGAUGGAUAGAGUGGAAAUGGUUAGGAACAAGAUGAUUAGGAGACGGUUGAAGAAACAAGUUGGUUACAGCACAAUAGAAGUCGAUCAAGAAACACAUUUGUUUAGCAUGGGUGAUCAAUCUCACAUUGAAACAGAUAAGAUCUAUCAGUAUCUGGAUGAACUGAUGCGGCGGUGUAAGGAAGCGGGUUAUGUACCAACACCUGAUUCGGUGUUGCAUGAAUUGGAAGAAGAAGAGAGGGAGUAUGCUCUUAGGUACCAUAGUGAGAAGCUUGCGGUUACAUUUGGUCUACUGAAAACCUGCCAUGGAACAACCAUCAGGAUUGUGAAGAAUCUUCGAAUCUGCGAGGAUUGCCAUUUAGCAAUGAAGUACAUAUCAAGUGUCGCUAACAGGGAAAUCGUUGUUCGGGAUAGGCUUCGGUUUCAUCACUUCAAAGAUGGCCAUUGCUCGUGUCUGGAUUACUGGUGAUGGACUUUCUUUGCUUGUUGAGGCCAUAGCAUAUGGCAAGUUACUAUGGCGAAAUGUUUCCGUUUUCUAUUAGAAAACGCUACCGAACGUUAUUCUUAAGAACAUUUCCUACUGAAAUGCGAGAAAACAAUUUCAAACCAUUAACAAACAGGCUCUAUGGUUCUUGUUUUCAUUUAUUUCCAUACCUUGGAGGAGAUCAUUCCUCUGUUGCCGAACUUAAAGGUUGCUUACUUACUCAUCCCAAAUUGUGGCCGGCAGAGUGUUUUUCUUGCAAGUGGUGGUGGCUCGGUUUCUGCUGCUUUCUUUCCAGCAGCAUCCUCUUUGGAUGGACCUCAAGUCUUGUGCCAGUCUACUUCAGGAUAGUGUCAUGUCGAUGUUAAGAAUUAGACGGCCUAAUUUUAUAUUACCGAGAAAAAUGAAAAUUGUGGAAUAAAAUUAAACAUAU